AGCUGUGGAGUACACGAACUCAUCUGCAUCAGAAAAGUGUCUCCUGAGGCUCUGGGGUUCCUCUCUGCCGUCGCCGUUUUUGUUUUUCUGAUGAUUCUGGUUUUUUUGUUCCUCAAUAAUAAACUGUCCAUUGAGAACGUUGCUCCUCAGCCGCUCGACCACUACAGGAAGGGCCGAGAGCUCGCAGAUAAGGGCUAUGGAGAAGCUGAUUUUCAGGCCUGGUCGUCAGACAGCGAUGACGAGGUGAUGGGUCAGUAUCAGGAGGCCAUGACACGGUCGCGGGGUCUCCGGAGCCAGUGCACAGGGGCCACAGCCCCUCACCAUAAAGGCUUCGGCUGGGAGACACAGCACAAAUACUGCCCCCUGUCAGCCGAGUAUGACGGGUACAGCAGUGAGGCUUCUGCUGAGGACGUGAACUGUAUUCAGAGGAUGAGGUUGACUCCGCCCCUUGACGAGCUCCAGCCACCGCCCUAUCAGGAUGAAGACGGCUCGACCUCUGACCUCGCCGACACCAAGAGCGAAGCACAUGACCCCGAGAGCUUCAGCAACGCCAAGGGCCUGGAGGAGGACGUCCCGAGUGACAGCACAGCUGUGCUCAGCCCCGAGGAUCUGUCUGUCCGUGGUUCCUCCUCUCCUCUCCUGAAGCUUUACUCUCCCGACUCGGCCUUCUCUCCGUUCGGGACGCUGCACAUCCUCUUCGACUACGAUUUGCACCAGCGUUGCCUCUCCGUCACUGUAACCGCAGUGACCGACCUCCCAUCGCCACGGCGAUCACCAGGCAUCGCCUGGCAGCUCCACCUGGUGCUGCUUCCCGCCAAAAAGCAGCGUGCCAAGAUGGCCGUGGUCAGGGGGCGGAGCCUCAGCGAGACAUUCCGCUUCAGUCACGUCCAGUCGGAGAGCAUCGGGAACUACGGCGUGCGGUUUCGUCUCUACAGCAUCAGCAAGAUCAAGAAGGAGAAGAAGCUGCUGGGAGAGAAAGUGUUCUACCUCACCAAACUCAACCUGCAGGGCAAAGUGGCCGUCCCUCUGCCCCUGGAACCCUGCUGCAGCACCACCGCCAGUGAGUCUCAGACGAGUGUGUCUGCUGCAUCGUGCAGUGAGACAGUAUCUACGUUCCAGUCUGCAGGUCAAAGGUCAUCGCCUGAGAUACUGCUCGGGCUUGUUUACAAUGCCACUACGGGCCGCCUCUCUGUCGAGGUCAUUAAGGGGUGUCACUUCAAAAACGUGGCAACCAACAAACCACCCAACACGUACGUGAAGCUGACCCUACUGAACUCCAUGGGGCAGGAGAUGUCCAAGUGUAAGACGUCGCUGUGCCGCGGCCAACCGAACCCCACCUACAGGGAGACGUUCGUGUUCCAGGUGGCGCUGUUCCAGCUGUCGGAUGUCACGCUCAUCCUCUCCGUCUACAACAAGCGCAGCAUCAAGCGCAAGGAGAUGAUCGGCUGGAUCUCCCUGGGCCUGAAUAGCUCCGGCGAGGACGAGCUCACGCACUGGACUCAGAUGAAGGAGUCUAAAGGACAGCAGGUGUGUCAAUGGCACAGUCUGCUCGAGUCUUAGGGAGCAUCACGACGACCAGCAUGAGGAUGAUGUGGAAAAAAAAAAAAGCGAUAAAAUCAGGAAGGGUAGAAAAAGAGCAAAGCAUUAUGGGAAAUAAGUCCUGAGAAUGCAAGGAAGUGAAGAAUA